UGUGUGUUUUCAAGUGACUACUAGCCAAAAGUAGUUAAUAACAGCAGAUUUUCAUAAAUAGCGCGGCAACUAAAAUUACUUUAGCGAAUUUCAUGCAUUCGCUUAUUUGGCCUGUACUUAAAAUAAAAUUUGCUGUUAUUUCAAAAUAAUAAUAAAAAUAAUGAAAUUGUUAAACCUCAGUACUAUGUAAAUGAAUGCUCCAAAAUGAGCUAGUAAAUGUUUUUAAUAAAAUACAUUAAUGAAGUUAUUAUGCAUAUGUGUACAUACAUGUAUUGCAAAAACCAACCAAGAAUUUAAUAAAAUUAUCAAACAAUUUAUUUUAAAGAAUUGAAACAAAAGCGAGACAUACAACUAAACUGUAUAUGUGUGAGUUGAUACCUACACACCGAACUUGCGCCCAAAACCAUAACAAUUACACAUUCGCAGACACUUCGCGAAAUUGUUGUGGGCAGGAAUUUUUAUUUCUUUCUCACGCUGGGAUUAAAAACCGCCAAAAUUGUGGAGGCACUUAAAAUGAAGACUGAGCUGCGUUCAUGCGCGGCGUGUGGGGAGCCAAUCUCGGAUCGGUUUUUUCUUGAGGUUGGCGGUUGCUCAUGGCAUGCCACCUGCUUGCGGUGUUGCAUCUGCCAGUGUCCGCUCGACAGACAACAAUCGUGUUUCAUUCGCGAACGGCAAGUCUAUUGCAAGGCGGAUUAUGGCAAACACUUCGGCGCAAAAUGCUCAAAAUGUUGUCGUGGCAUAUCCGCCUCAGAUUGGGUGCGUCGCGCGCGUGACCUUGUCUUCCACUUGGCAUGUUUCGCGUGCGAUCAGUGCGGGCGACAACUCUCCACCGGCGAACAAUUUGCUCUGAUCGAUGAUCGGGUGCUGUGUAAGGCGCAUUACCUGGAAACGGUUGAGGGUGGCACCACUUCAAGUGACGACGGCUGUGAUGGUGAUGGUUAUCACAAGAGUAAAACGAAACGUGUGCGUACCACCUUCACCGAGGAACAAUUGCAGGUGCUGCAGGCCAACUUUCAGAUUGACAGUAAUCCGGAUGGGCAGGAUUUGGAGCGCAUCGCAUCGGUGACCGGUCUUAGUAAGCGUGUAACGCAAGUUUGGUUUCAAAAUUCGAGAGCGCGACAGAAAAAACAUAUUCAUGCUGGUAAGAAUAAAAGUAAGUAG